CCCCAGAUUUGGACCCAGAGACACCGUCACUCCCACCAUCCUCCCAAUUGCACGCCCACACCAACCCGCCAACAUGACCCGCGCCAACCUGCUCACCCCACCAACCCACAUCCCCCCGCGAACCGCCCUCGCCCUCUCCCAAAAGAGCCCGCUCAUCCUCGCCAACUCACCCACCUCGUCCCUCCCAUGGCCACUCUCCCUGCUCUUCUCGCGCGAAACCCCAGAGUCCUGGACCAUCCACGAGAACCUCCUCCUAUCCGCGCUACGCACCGGCGACGAGUCCUCCGCCGCGCGCAUCCUAGCCCGUCUGGAAUCGCGCUUCGGCGCCGCCAACGAGCGCAUCAUCACCCUGCGCGGCAUCUACAACGAAGCCACCGCCGAGUCGGAUGCAGAUCUGGAGAAGGUCUUCAGCGGCUAUGAGAAGAUCCUCAAAGAAGACCCCACGAAUAUGAGCAUACGCAAGCGCCGUGUCGCCGUGCUGAAGGCGCUGGACCGCCCCCAGGACGCUAUUACAGCCGUGACGGUGCUGCUGCAGAACUCGCCUACCGACGUCGAGGCCUGGGCUGAGGCGAGCGAGCUGUACGCUGGACAGCAGGCGUGGGGACAGGCGAUAUAUUGCGCUGAGGAGGUGUUGCUUAUCAUGCCCAAUGCUUGGAGUGCACACGCCCACCUAGCAACCCUCCACUACCUCUCCCACCCCUCCACCUCCCCGCUCCCCGCCCUCGCCCUCGCAACAAAACACUUCUGCCGCGCCAUCGAGCUCAACGAGUCCUACCUGCGCGCCUACUUCGGCCUCAAGCAAGUCGCCGCUACACUCAUACCCUUGCUCUCCGCUUCACCCUCCGCAUCCACAGCCGUCAAGCGCGCCGCGCAGGACGACGAUGAGAUCCCUAUCCCGACGCUUGCUACGGUGCAGAAGCUGGAUGAGCUGGCGACGCGGAAGUUGGCGGAGAUUGUGCGGUGUGCGAAGAGGGGGGGGAGGGAGGGGGGAGGGUAUGAUGAGGCGGAGGUGGAGGCUGUGCGGGAACUGUUGGGGAGGUCGGAGAAGUAG